AGUGCUGUAGACUUCAAUAGUGAUACACGCCACUCUUCACCACUAUCAAGUUCGCUCUUUCGUGUAUCUACACCGCACCUCGCUCGCAUAGCUAUUGAACAGGGUUUUCCUACCAGUUAAACGCUGAGGUUUUCCUCCUUUCUAUCUCCCCUUUCCAGUCGUUUAAACCCACAUUUCCACGGAAAGAUGUUCCCCAAUCCUCUGUUGGUGCGGGGCACGCUAUAGUCCUAAUACCCUGCCUUCGAUAAGCUCAAGGUAGAGCACGACGCCCCCGCUUUUGUACAGAGAAGACGGGCACGUUGCUGGUGCGUCCCCGCCUCGCUUUCCAUAACAUCUGCGCCUCACACACCAACCCCGAGAUGCAGCACCUGGAGGAGACUCAUGCCGCUGAGUUUUCCGCUUACACAGUCAAGAUCUACCUCGACUCUUCUCUCUAUCACCGCACUAAAGCUGUGUACGACGACCGUGGUGGGCUGGCCGGCGAGGACCUGCGCCUCGUGGUGUACUACGAAGAGCAGAUUCGCAAAGCGGGUGCUGGUCUGGACGACGCUGGCAAGGGGGAACUGAAGCAGGUCAACGAGCACUGGGCGAUGUACGACGAGGUGCUGCGCGACUAUGCGAUCCACUGCGAGACGAGGGAGCCCAUUACGCAGGCACCUGUGGGCCGCGUGCGCGCUGCUGAGACGUACGGUGCGGGCUUUCGUCACCUUGAAGUGACAAAGGCGUCCAUUAUCGACAUGCACUAG